AUGCGAAACGUGGGUGAAGAUGGUUUGUGUUCGGACAUGUGCCCUGAAAAAGAGAGGUACCUGAGAGAGAACCAGAGAAGGCUGUCUCCCUUUGAAGUCCUGUCCAGUGGUAACAAGGUCUUUGACCACAGCAGAGCAGUGAAAGAAUACAUAAGAUCAUCUGCUGACCAGGACAUGCCACCCCCAGAGGAACUGCGUCCUGCCAACGUUCUUGAAAUGACGAUGGACUAUCUCCUGAGUGACGUCAUCAACAAGGGGGGUCCAGGGAUGUGGGGGGAGUGGUACAACUUUCUAUGGAACAGGAUGAGGGCAAUUAGGAAGGACAUAGUGCAGCAGAGGUUGUGCAAUGAAAGGGCAGUCCAACUGACUGAGAAGUCGACACGUUUCCACAUCCUGUGCAGUGCCAUGCUGUGUGAGGAGGACCCAAGUGUAUUUGAUCAGAAGAUUAACAGUGAGAACCUGACGAAAUGUCUGCAGAGUUUGAAGGAACUCUAUCACGAUCUUUCACUUAAAGGAAUUCACUGUUGCCACGAAGCUGAAUUCAGAGGCUACAUGAUACUCAUGAAUUUGAAUAAUGCUGAUAUCUUGAGUGAGGCACAACACUGGCCUGAGCACAUCUUACGGUCAGAGUUUGUAGUUAGGAGCAUUGCCGUGCACACAGCAGUCACAAGUAACAAUUACGUCAAGUUCUUCAGGAUUGUGCGCCAGUCAUCAUUUCUUACCAGCUGCAUAUUACAUAGGUACUUCAACCAGAUGAGGAUGGUGGCAGUGAAAAGAGUUGCGAAGGCGUUCUACCCAUCUGCCAGUCCUGGCAUCAUCAUGGUCAGAAUGAUGGAACAGCUCGGUUACGACAACAUGAAUGAUUUCAACGAGCUCCUAACACACUUCAAUUUAUCUCCUCAAAUGAGCAACAUCAACAGGACCACCAACACAUUCGACUGCAUAAUUAUAAACGGUCGAUCAAAUCGCAUCGUUGAAUCAGAACAAGUUCUUCCAGCUCGGAAAUCAUUCACACUCGUUGAAUGCAAGAUUACAAGUUCGCUAGGGGAGGUUCGAUUGUUUGUCCGUCCGUCAGUCUGUCUAUCUGUGUGUUGUAACCAUAAGUCACCAUUUUAUUCCAUUCCUGUAACUUAA